CGCGUGGAAGGGCCAUGGGAGAGAUGAAUUUCCAUGCCGUCGCCUGCACCUCGGCAGCCUCAGUGGGAACAACCGGUGGGUAAAAAAGGAAAAAAAAAAAAAAAAGGCACAAACGGGUAUCCUUUCACAUUGAGUACGUACAUAUUCGCAUGCGUGUCAAGUCCGCGUGAACUGCGCUCCGCGGCAAAGGCUUCCUGGCGCAUAUCAAACGGGAAAAGAAGUAUGCAUUUUUUAACGCGCACAAUUGGAUGGAAAAAAAAUGUGUAAUACAAAAGGGAGGGAAAUAAAGCGAACACAGAGAAGAAAAACGCGCCUACAAUUUUGCUCAUUCGCUCGAACAUUUUUCGUCUUCAAUUUAGCUCUUCGUUUGUGAACGAGUGUGGAUUUUCCCCCCAUUUGAACCUUGUCGCAUUGUUGCUUCGUACAAUUUGGUAUACCCCCCCAUGCUGACCGCCACAUGCGAACAGCGCAAGUGUGAAGGAGUAGAGGGAACGAUCAUAGCACACUGGCGAGUUGGCGAGUGCCCCCUGGCGGAGAAGUAUGCCAUUUUGAACACCCCUCCCCCCCUCUGCGGUUAAAAAAAAAACUCGUGCCAACCAUGUUUAUAUUCGAGAGCGCGCAACACUACUUUAACUUCUUCCGGAACUUUAAUGGAUGCUACACAGAUAACAAGCUGCUGAAAUAUUUUUUUAAAAAAAGUUACAACAACUGGUUUAACGAUCCGACUCAGUACAACUAUUACUUUAUUUCCUACUAUGCAGUGGCAAUUUCCUUUUCCGUUUUGAUGAGGAAUUUGCUGUUCAACCCGGACGUUCAUUUUAGGAGACAGGACAAGAGAAGAAACAUUGUUGAUCGGUACCAGCACCAUGCGUAUUCAGUUCCCUACUACAACCACUGGUUAAGAAAUUUUAGCCAGUCGUUUAAGUGCACACUGAUAGACAACGAACCGGAUUACCAGGAUGAGGACCCUUUGCACAUUCGCCCCAAGCGGGUCCAGUUUUACGGGAGGUUCCCGUUCUUCUUUGAGGUCCCAAGGUACGGCGUGGAUGACCCCUAUUACGAAAAGAACUCGCAUAAGUACAUGCAGAAGUACUACGAGAGCAUUGGGUAUGUGAAGCCGAGCGAGCCGCAGGAGGGUUAG